AUUAGAACGUUUCUGUUUUAAGUUUCUGUUUUAAGUUUCAUCUGUUUGAAAAUAUUUUGCAAAAAUUCAAUUGUUGGCUGUGACUGGACUAUAGCGACUAUCGGGUUUGUUGCCAUGUUUCAUAUUCUUCCAUUAGCUCCAAAAGCCAGAGGAAGGUGAGGCAGGCCAUGGAGAACUCUGCUGAGUAUGAUGAUGCAGUUUCACUAAUCAGUGCAGGAAUACACAUUGAUGCUACACAAUGUUUGGUUCCAGUAAAAGCUGAAAACAACAUGGAUCAGAGUAAUUCAAAGAACAGACAAGCACAUGGGGAGAAACCAAGUCAUAAAAAAGAACAUUCUUCAAAUCUAAAUAAACUUAAAGCAGUUUUUGAACAAGGUGGUUCAAAAAACAAGCAGUCUAAGACCAGGAAAUUAUACAGUCAUGGACUUGAAGCAGAACAUAAAAAUCCUCAUGCAAACAGAGUUGUCAAUAAAAAUGACAUGGAAACACAUGGUGUUGGUCAUAAAUCAGCGCAUGCAGCAGAUCUGAACAAUAUUCAUUCCAAUACAAAAACUGGUGAAAGAAUUUCUUCUGAAUUUGUGGUGGUAGAAAAGGAUAACAUGCCAACUUGUCAGCACAGUGGCACAGUCAUUAAGAGUGUUAAUGCAAUAAGGUCUGAUUUUGAUGAGGAGUUAGGAGAUCGUGAUGCUUCAGAUAAAUCUGUUGUAAGUGAGUUUGAUGAUCUCUAUGCAGUUCCUGCAGAUGAAACCAGUUGUGAUGAUCUCUAUGCAGUUCCUGCAGAUGAAACCGGUUGUGAAAGUCCUGAGCUAAUUGAAGAAAGUCCCAAAUUAAUAGUGGAAAACAUUUAUGAACCCAUUAGAUUUGAAGGAGAAGAUGAAGUUGGGAAAGGUUUUGAGGUUGUUAGUAGGUCCAAAGUGAAUUCAAGUAAAUCUCAAACAGGUGGUGGACUUGUCAGCAAGGGGAGCAAAUCUAAAAGGUGUUCAGCGGACGGAAAAAAGCCCAAAAUACUGCCAGAGCAGGUGAACUAUGAAUGGAAGAGGAAGGAUGCUAAAAAGAAAUCCAUGGCCCUUAAACGACCCUCUUCACUAUCGAAAGGUAGCAAGGAGAAUCCGCUGUCCCAACAUGGAGACUUUGAUGACCCCAACAGGGGAGCCUUCCCAGAAGUGACAGAAGAGUUGCUAGGUCAAGUAAAUCCAUUCAACAUCCACGAUCAUUCUGACUCGGCUUCAAACAUUUCGGAUUUUACCGAUUCUACUUUCGAUUCCGAUUUAUCCGACGCAGAAAAUCGCGAGGAUAAUAUUAGUGAGGAUUAUGACCCGAACAGACCGCUGCCCCCAAAACCACAGAAAGCUCAUAACCACACUGAAAAGAUUCGCGACAUAGCCAACGCCCUUCUUCCUGAGAAGAAGAAAAAAGCUGUGGUCCAAGAAGUCGAGGAGCAGAAGUCAAAAUCCUGUACGUUGUUACGAAGGGUGGAACCCCGACGAUCUCGCAGAUCUGCACAGCUCCCCAACGCAAAUAUGGAUAUGUCAAAAGAUCAGAUCAAGUUACGCGGCGUAUUACAGAACCUGAUCGACAGUGAGUCGGGGUAUUUGAAAUCACUGGAGAGGCUUACCAAUGAUUACAAAGAGGAGAUCCUGAGCCAAGUGAAAAAGGCAGAGGUGAAGGUCACCUUUAGCAAGGUCGAGGACAUCUAUAACCUACACAUGAUGUUCCAGAUCGCUCUGUCCGAGAAAAUGGAGGAAUGGACAGAAAAAGAGGAGAUUGGAUCAAUAUUUAACAUGUUUUCGUCCCCGAUGACCAAGAGCAUCUACUGUGAAUACGUGAACAACUAUGAGGCAGCCAAUGAAAUGAUCAAGGAAGCUGUGAAUUCCCGCCCAUCAUUUAAGGAUCUUCUCUUAAGACUGCAGAUGUCAAGCCAAGACCGUCUGUCCCUGGCUGGGCUCAUGUUGAAGCCUGUACAACGGUUCCCCCAGUUCAUCAUGAUCGUAAAGGAUUUGCUCAAGUACACACCUCGUGACCACCACGACAGAGAGCAGCUCCAGGAAGCUUUCACGUGCAUUGAGAAUGUAACCCACGAGCUCAACGAAAGUAAACGUUCCAGUGAGCAGCUCUACCACGGACAGUCGAUCAUGGCCAAACUUGCUGCAAAGGUGCCGCAGGAGAAGGGCGUCACACUUAUCCGCCAAGAUGACAUGGAACAGAUUGGACAGAGCUCUACAGGUGGUCAGCACGUGAAGCAGCGACGUAUCUUCCUCAUGAACGACCGCCUCAUAUCCGUACAUGUGACAGCAAGGGACCAGGAGGGUCACAUGGUUGAGCGGUUCACGUACAAAUGGCAUCAGCGUCUCGAGAACCUUGAACUGACGACCUCUGCCAUUACACCGAACAUGUACACAAAGAUGGAUAUGAAGCCCUCGGGGACAACGAUUUCAUCACCGAAACAAGAUCCUCUUGAAGAUGACCCCUACAAGGUCGCGGAGGAGUUGACAGACAUGAUGCACGAUAUCACCGUGCUAGCCAAGAUACAUCAACUGUCCACCACUCUCCGACAACCUUACGACAGCCUGUCUGAGGAUCACCUCACCAAGGUUUUGACAAACCUUCAACAGCAGAUACAGGGCAAAGAUUACCAACUCCAGAUGUUGAACUCAGCGGCUAUAAUCCUGCUUGACAGACAAAGAAACAAGAAGUAUGUGUUCACGGCGACAAAUGCUGAGGUAAAACAGGAGUGGUGUAUUGACUUCCUCCUGGCUAAAUACGCCCUUGAUAUAGUGAACAUUCCCAGUUGGCACAGACAGGAGCAGGGGGAGGAGUCAUCCACAAGCCAGCCUGCUCUCUUGAUCAAACACAUGUCUACUGACAUGCAGAGGACAUUUACCAAGAUCAAAUGUGGAGUGCGUGUUUAUUUCCCGACUCGGACGGAUGGCUCUGUGGAGCACCUAUGGCUGUGGUCCUCAUCUGAAGGUCAAGGUCAAGUCUCUGUCGUGUCUUUACACACAACCAAACCCGCCCUCACCGAGUCUUUCCAGGGUGUGCGAAGUGAAGUUGUGUGUGCGGAGAGUGUUCCAGGGUUUGCCGUAGAGACUGACCUCCCUGGCGCCUUCCCAGAGGAUACUGUCUGGACCAGCACCGUCGACUCUGAGAUACUGGUGUACAGUUUGAGCGAUAAGCGGACCGACAGCCACCGUCACCCGGUGUACACUUUCAAGACGGGCUGUGUCGUCAUAGUGAUGAGAUACGUUGACGACCACGUGUUCUGUGGAAACAGGAGUGGUGUUCUCAUUGUAUAUGCACGGACUGAUGCUGGUGUGUGGGAGGAGUUGCAGCGUAUUAUGUUGGGGUUCGAUCCCGUCACAUCCCUCGUGUGUGUAGGGAACCGAAUGUGGGCAGCUUGUGGGAACCAGAUUUACAGCGUCAAUGUGCAUGACUAUGCCAUAGUGGACCAAGUUGACCACCAGCUAGCUUUUGAAGAUGGAGAGAGAAUCCACUUCAAUCAGAUUGUGAAGGCGGGUGUCGGGCUCUGGGCUUCCUUCAUUGGGCGACCCAACAUCGCCCUCUACCACAGUGAGAGCAGAAAACUGCUGCAGGAGUUUAACAUCUGCAAGGCUAUCAAUGAGUUUAUUUUAGUGUAUUCGGCUAUGAAGCAAGAGCGACGUGACUACGAGGUCACAUGUCUGAUGGCCAGUCUCGGACUUCUCUGGGUCGGCACAAACAUCGGAAUAAUCCUUGCAUACCCGUUACCACGGUUACGUGACGGUAUUCCCCGGAUAUAUGAACGUCCACAGGUGGCUCUACAUGGUCAUAACGGCCCUGUACGGUUUCUCAUUCCUGUACAGUACGGACCAAUUAGUGGUGUACCAAUUAGGCGGAGGCCUGAAUCAUUGUUAGUGAAGUAUAAGAUGGAAAAAGACGUCUUGGAUCAUUUGCCAAAGAUGGAUAGCUCAAAUGUGAACAAAAGGGGGAAAAGUUCACCACAGCAACCAAGAGAUUCAUAUCUGAAACUAGGAGAUGUUGUGCAUGAAAAUCCCUAUGAAGACAUUGAAAUGAGGAACAGUAUGGGGAGGGGUGGUGAGCCGUCUCACAGGGAGUCUGUCUUUGUUGAAGAUGCCAUAUAUGAGACUUUGCCAGGUGAUGAAAGUUUGGAUAAAACAAACCAUCAUAAUGAUGAUGAUGAUGAUGGUGAUGAUGAUGAAGAAGUCCCUGAUCUUAGUUCUGAAGGAUCUCAAACGAAUGUUCUAGAGACAUCUAGUGAACAUACUUACUUCAUAUUAGAAAAGCAGGAUUCAGGCAAGCUAGGUACAUCUAACACUUGUGAUACUGCUUUGAAAGAUGAAUCUAAUGGUAAAAUGAAUGAAGGGCUUAUUGAACAAACAAAGGGUACCGAAAGUAAGAACUUAGAUGGCCAGCAUGAAGCUGAAAAUGGCUUUGAGGUUGUGCAGAGACGAGCAAAAAAACCUGGUAAAACACAAACCAUGGGCCCAAAUAAAAUAGAUUUUGCUAAAGAGCUUCAGAAAAAAGUAGCUGAGAAGAGGCAAUCUCUGGAUGACCUUAUAGACAGAGAUGCCAGUAGAACCACUGUUGAACUGCUGUAUCCAACUUUGGCACGACCCAAAACACUGGGGCACGAUAUCAGACCAGGUAUGCUGGAAUUUGAGGGUGAUUCUUCGGAGGAGAAUGUGUACACAAGGUCUGGGAUGAUCACACCAAUUCAAGCACGGAAACCUGACUACUCUUCAUUUAGAGAUAAGAAGAAACAUAAGUCUCCCGAGCGGAGUCAUAGUGAUAAAGCUGUUAAAAUUUCUGAUAAAUCUGACAAAGAUGGUGGAGGGAACAAGAAGAAAACUUCGGUAUCAUUUAAUGAAGACAUUCCCCAUACAAAAGACUUCAAAAAAUCUAGAAAAGCCAGUGUGGGGACAAGUUUUACUUCUGGAUCAAACCUGGACACUUUAAGGAAGUCUAAUACCAACACGAUCCUGGUGUUGAGUGGCGGAGAUGGUUAUAGGGACUGGAAGAAACGCCAGAGUCUUAACUACAGGCCGGAGGAACCCUGCCUAUUGUUCUGGAUGUACAAGUUCUGAUUGUUCUAAUGGCAUUAUUUUAAUGUACCUGAUCAAUCUAUUACAAACUAAAACAGCAGAGUCAGAUCUGCAGAGAUUGUAUUCACGAGGCGUGUUAAACAAUCUGAAAUCUUUUCCACCAUGUAAAUUUUCGAAUUAAAAUAGUUUUCAAACAAAAAUGAAUUAUAUUUUUUAACCAUUGUUUUAAAGAUGGUUGUAAACUGUAGUUGUUGUACAACGUAUAUAUUUGUGUAUUUACUAGCAAAGCAUGGCCUGCACUGGUUACAUGUAGAACAUCAUCAUUGAGAAAAAUAAAUCUUUGUGGAAAAGAUGCAGGGACAGAUCAAGGGUUUGUUGUAAGAGUCAACUUUGGGCAUUCACCCUUUUCCCCAGGAAAACCCACAAUCGGCAGGCUUUCAACAUGGCAACACAAUAUAUGCAUUUUGCGUCCAUAGGUUUUGUCUUCUUUUAAAUAACCAAUAGAUACUUGAGCUUGUCUGAUUUUGUACUACAUUUUAGUUGUCUGCAAUUCUGUGAAAUUGUAGAUUGUACUUUGCUGAAGUAUCGAAUGCUAUCAUUCUGUCCAGGCUUAUUGUAUUGUUUAGAAUGAAGGUAACAUACAUGUAGUUAGUGAAUGUCCACUGACAUAGUGUAAAGACCAGUUGUGGUAAAGAUGAAUUUAAUAAAGAUAAAUCAUAGUAUUUUACAAAAAAGUAUGUAUUUUUUUAUACUAUAAAGGAUAUAAUAUCUUUGUAAAAAAUAAAGUAUGUAUGCACAUAUAUAAAAGGGACUGGACACCAGAUGGUCCAAAAAUCGGCAAAUACAUUAUGUCCUCAAAACAAUCCCAAAACUAUAUUAGAAGUAGAGGAGGUCAAUGCAUUUAUCUUAAACAUUGAACAAGGAUUGAUCAAAUUUGACUUUUUAUUUGCUCAGUACAUAGAUUAAAAGAAUUUAAAUCAUGCAUAGAGUUGUAUUGAAAAGUGAACCUGUGAUAAAAAUAUCUUUUUUGUAAGUACAUGAUGUAAGAAACCUUUAUGUAUGUAAAUCUGUUUUAAUUUUUUUGCUAAUCAAUUAAGAUUUUGAGAAUUUUGAAAUAUUCAUAUUUUUGCUAUAUAUUUUAUAUAUGGAUUUAGUUUUUAACCCAUUUAUAUUUUCAGAUAUCAUGAGAUAUUAAGAUAUAUAUUUCUGUUCACAAACAGGUUGAGUUCUUUUCGAUUUUUUGCUGCUAAGACCCUGACCAGAAUUUUUGCCAUUUUUGAGAGAAAAAAUAAAACCCAAUUUAGAAAUUGUCAUACCAGCUGACUGAUUUAUGAAAAUUAGUCUGAUAAAUAUAUUAUUUUGAGUUUUUAUAUAUUUUUACUAAUAUUUUGGCAAAUAGAACAGAACAUUAACUUACACAUGAUGAUUUUUUAAGUAUCAUAAAGUCCCACUUGAAACUUACUAUGAAAUUGAAAACUAUACUGACACUUAUUGAAAAUUGUUGUUGUUUUUGUGGGUUUUUUUUUUAUUCCUUUCUCCUGCGAACAAUGGUAUUUUUUUUAAAAAAAUAACAGAACUAUUAAACAUGCCUUAUACAUCAUUACGUCAUUAUUGAUAAUGUUAAGAUCAUAUGUUGUAGUUGGAUUUUGAUUUCUCUUAUAUGUUUAUUGUUGUGCUUUUCGUAUUUAAAAGUGAUAAUAAAAAAAUUAGCUGCAUUUAUCUUACACAAUUUUAUGUUAUUUGAUUAAGUGUUGAAUUGUUUUUAUAAUAAUUAUGUAUUUUAUAUUUAAACAGGCCCCAAUUUCUUGAACUAUCUUAACUGCUUUAACAGCUGUAAGUUUCAUAUUUAACCAGAUUAAUUGCUUAAACUUGACUUUGAAAACCAAGACAAAGUUGAAAUCAUAAUUAUCUUUAAAACAAAUCCUUUCGAAGUCUGAAAAAAUAUUUAAAAUGUGAAAAUAACACUUUCUUACCUACUGUAACCAAACAAAAAUACUGUGCUAAUAUUGGUCCAUUUAUAAGAGUUUUAAGAUUGUUUAAGGAAUUGGGGCCUGCUUUUUAAAUAUUUUAACAUUAAGUGGUACAAAAUACAAGAAAAUGUACUUUUUAUAGCUAUCAGGGUAAGCAUUUAUCACGGACCUAUAUAGGUCCGAGGCAUUUAUGAAGUAUUUAAAAAGUAGUUUUCUUGUUUCUUGACUUUUUUCAUUUCUUGUGCUAAUUAUUUUUGUUACUGUUAAAAUAUCAUUAGUAAUAAUGUUAGUAUUAGUUAUAGAUAUAAUAUACCGGUAAUAAUUAAUGAGAUGCCAUAUUGUUGUGCAAAAUUAGUAGUAUUAAUAUUACAAAUCAAAACUGACAAGUGAAGUGUUCAGGGCGUGAAUUGUUUAUAUACAAGGCCCAUAACUCUUGGUUGAAUUAAUGUUGAGUUAUGUCCCUUGUUUGACUGAGAUACAAAAACAGACCAGCAUUGGCACUGGCUGAGGGCUGGUAUUCAUUAUUGGUCUUAAUUGGACAUAAGAAUGAUUGAGCUAAUCGGAUUACUUGUUAUUAAUAACUGACAAAUAGAGUGAAUGAAGUCAAUGAUGUAUGACCAUAAGAUAAACUUAAUUUGCAUAUUGAAUACCACCUUGGGGGGUGCUUUUGCUAAAAUUCAACUCGAAGAUUGUGAAAAAUUAAUAUUGCUAUAAAAGCAAUAAGAUGUUAAUGUUGUAGUUUAAACAUUAUAUAUUUUAUUUUACAAUGAUUAUGAAGAAAGUUAUGAUAACUUAUACUAAGUCAAUCUUGUUGGCAAGAUGUUGUGCGUGAGUGUGGUCUAGUGUUGUGGGGAAAACCAGAGUGCCUUGAGAAAACCCACUUGUCUGGCUUGUUUUUUAUCAUGUUUGCCUUGUUUGAUUUAAUAGUUAAUGAGUUGGCCUAGAACGAAGCAUGUACGCCUUGAAGUACAGAGUGUACCACAAGUUUGUCAUGCCAUUGAUAAUAAGUUCUUUUUUAUGCCUGGCAAACACAUGAGAGUUGGUACAAUUUGAAGGGCUACCAGGGGCAUAGCUAGCCCUCUAUUCAUGUGGAUUCAUAAUUGUGCUAGAUGCCACUUGAAAUGUUUUGAAAAUAAUGGUGCAAUCUGGUGCAUUCUGGGCGUUCUGAGGUGCUUUAUAUAAUACUGGAAAAUGGACAGUUUAAGGAUCAUGUACGCAUACUGCAACUUUGGCUGAUAUUUUUUUUGUCAAAAUCAUGUGAAUUCAGCCGCAUACUCGCAUAUAGGCAGCUACGCGCCUGGCUAUAUUUGCUGAUUACUAAUAUAUGAAAUAAAUCAUUGUAGAUGAAGUUAUUGUAGUUUGUGAUUGCUAAUCAGAUGUGAAAAUUCCAAUAAAGGCAAAAAAGCUUGUUUCUAAUACUUUGUAUGCUAAUAAUUUUAACUCAUUCAUUUUCCACACAUAAAACCUAUUCAAAUUACACUAAAUAAUGUUCGGUCACCUAAGCGCAAUAACUCAUUAUCUGCUUCUAUUUUCAUAUGCAGUUAUUGAAUUAUUGCACUAAGGUGACAGGUCACUUAUUUGGUGUCAGACAUCCAAAAUUGUCAUGCUUGUACAUUGUGUACACUAACAACAAGUAUUGUAAUAAAAAAAUCUAUUGUAAUAUUGCAUUUUUUGCAGCCUUUUCUUUGAUGCUCUUUAUACACAUGCGUUAUAUAGUUGAUAAUUUGUAUAUUUGCUAUGCAAUAUGUUCCACAUAUAUCUGUGAUUUUUAUGUUUAAGAAAUGUUGUUAAACUUAAAUACAUACUCUGUAAAGAGAUUGUUCUUGUAAUGAUAAGAUAAAUUUAAACUUAAGCAGACAUAUGUAUAGUCCACAUAUAAAAAUAAACGUAACAGAAUAAACUUAGUUCUGUGAAAAGAGAUACUCACAUAAGAUAUAUGAUUUAUUGAUCAUAGUUGGCUAUGAGGUUUUGCUCAAAAUCACAUUGAUAUUUGCUCUUUCAAAAGAUGUAUGCAUACUUUCUAGGAAUGCGACUGACAUACAUCAUAUAAUACCAUCAUUUUCAGCUCUGCUGUUUUUAGUGUCAUUGUGCAAGCAGUUUAACCUUGGCCAUUCCUCAAUCCUCAAUAUUUUGUUCAAGAUAUUGAAAUGAAAUUCGGUACACAUGUCCAAGGACAAUAAACGCGUUUACAGCAAGGCCAAUUACUCUGGUUUUAAUAACUGCAGAGUUGUUCCCCAUGUUUACUGAGAGUGAAAAACAACAGACUUUACUGAAAGAAGAAAAAACAGAUGUGCAUUGGCGAUCACUAUGAGGUUCUCUUGUUUAAGUUAAACCAGAAGGUAGUAGGGAAAUAUCAAUGUACCAUCAAUGUCAGCAUCAACACAAUACCAACCAAAUAAUGUCAAAUUUCUGGUAGAUCUUAAAUAUUGUGGAGAUUUAAUCAAUUUUCUUGUUUGAUCAAUAAUAUUUAUCAUUCCUCUACAUGUACAAAACCUGCCAUAGAUUUUUGUUUGUGAAAAAAAUCCUAUAUUUUUGCCUGUACAAGAUAAUAUUUAUGUUGUACAUUGUAACACUUGUUUUUCUUAAGGUGCGCUUCCAUUCCUUUAAGGCAAUAUUCCAACCAAUAGGUUCUCCUGUUAUAACGCUUUUCUUCUUCAUUUUUGUUACACUUUUCCAGCAGUGAUAUGCUUUGAAUACAUUUACGUAUAUAUUUAGUGCUUAUUAUAAAUGAAAUAUAUCAAAGUCUGUUGUAUAUUGUUUGUUAAAGAAAUAAAAGUCACAUCUUCA